UACAACAACUAUGAACAACCAAGAGCUCUUCCGCCUUUUCAAGGACUCAAAGCUCGCACAGGUGGCUAAACCGUUGUCCAAGGUGUUAAGAGGGAACCAAUCUGGGCCCACUCAUCAGAUUAUUUACACUCCUAAAUCCAGUGCCAUCAGAUCCAACUUUGGUAUCAAGACCGCAUUGCCCAAGCAAAUUGGAUUUUCUCAUAUAGUUUACAAUGAUAUCGACAAUGCCACAAGCAUGCCAGAUGUCGAAAAGUACUCGGGAAGCUUCUACAACAGAAUCAAGUUUCAAGAAAUGAACAUUCCUGUAAGAACAGAGCACAAUACCAAUCCUUUAUUUAAAUCUGAACAAACCCUUACACCAAAGAAAGCCAAAGAUGUCAACAGCUCUAAUGAAGAUUCAGUUUCAUUUGGCUUGAACCUCAAAUCAAGUACUCCCAACAAAGCGGUGAAAAAGUUGUUGAAGAAAAAUUCCCAAUUUUAUAACCAAUAUAAGGAGUUCAUGUUGAAAAACUAUCCAGACAAAUUGGUAUCCAACGGAGCUAGAAAUGAACACAAAUUAGUACAUGAGUUUCUUAACACAUCCCAAGAUUUCAAGAAAGCCAAAAGUGGUCUUUUGAGCCAAAAAUCAAACAGAAUCCAAGGUACUGGUGGAUUUUCAUACCUUCAAAAGGGAAGAUUGACUAAUACUCCAAACGGUAUCAAAUACGCAGCUAUGGCCCCAGGAAGAAUCAUUGAUUCUAGAGAUGCAGCUAUAGGUGGUUUCAUUGCCUCCAUAAAUGAUAACAAUUCUUUACAAAGAAACUACACCAAGAACUUUCCAGGAAAGCACCAAAGACAAUUUGUUAUUCCAUUCCAAGUGACAGAUGCAGAAGUAUCCAACUCCGGUAAAGUGAGAUUGGAAGCCAAUGGAGUGCAAAGUGGUCCUUGGUCCAGUGGUUUGGGAGAAAACUCAUCUCUUUACAAACCAACUAACAAUAACGUAAGAGGAGCCAGUGAGAGAAUGGCCACUGACAUGAAACAGUUUUCAGCUUUGUUAAGUGUUCUUGAACAACCAGCCAAAGCCUAAUACUAACCCUCCUUGUGUAUAAUUAGUUUUUCAUCUCUACCAUGUAUAUACCAUAUAUAAAAAUCAAAUAUUAUUUUACAGUAUUUUUACAACUUUCUCUUUUUUGCAGCAUUAGCAUUGGCGGUAGAGAAUCCUGUCAUUUUCUUUUCUUCGUUAGAGAUUUCAACUCUAAUGUUUUCAGCCAAUGCUUCAUCUAGUUUACC